GAAGAGGAAUGCGAAAGUCAAUAUACUGGCACCAAGGGAAAGAAAUGCCACCGGUUGUGUUCAUUGGAGAAGAAGACCAAAUCCAUGCAAUUGCAUUACACUCAUUCGUAAACACGACGAUUAUGUUUUCUGUUUAUUUUUAUUGCGUAUUGUCUUUCAUUGUUAUUUUCAUCGUUUGGAACGAUUUUAAUUUUGUCUGCAACUUUUGACGACAACAACAAAACUCCUCUAUUUGAUAAGAAUUUUCAAUUCUGAUGAAUCAAUACUAACAUUUUAUUAAUUAACUGUUAGGCUGCUAUAAAUGAGCCACAUUUCUUGAAAGGAUAAGAAAAUCACCAAACAUGGCUCGCAAUAUAUUAAAAAGCAGCCUGUUAAGUGCCAUUCUAAACAUGGCUUUUCAGAUUUUCUGCCGAAUUCUAACAUUUGCUGUUAACAUUUUUAUGAUACGCACCAUAGGCCGUGAUGUCUUGGGUAUAAUUAAUGUUCGCCUGCUAUUGCUUGAAAGCACGGUAAUAUUUUUAUCCAGAGAAGCAAUAAACCGGGCGGCGUUAAGUGUUAGCUCCACCAAACAGUUGCAGAAGUGUUCUUGGGCCCAAUUAAUAAACCAGCAAUGGCUUACGCUCCCAAUUUGUCUUUGCAUUUCAUUGGUAUGUGUACAACUGUGGUUGCAUGUAAUGUUACCUGUUGAAGACAUUGCAUACCGCCAGCAAUAUCACUCUGCCUGCUAUGUCGUGGCAUUGUCAUGUUUGUUGGAAUUUUGUGCGGAAGCACCAUGUUUUGUUAGCCAAGUAUUUUGUUUUGUAAAACUGAAAGUUGUAAUAAGUACCCUGCAAAUUUUGGUACGCUCAAGUGUUUUCCUUUUUUUGGUUUUGGGUUUGAAUGAAUCAAAAGCCAUUAAAUAUUUUGCAUAUGCACAAUUGGCCAGUACCGCAACAAUUUUUGUUGGAUACUAUGGCUUUUAUUAUUACUAUAUACGAUGCUUAAAGAAAUUUAAACAAGAACACAAAAGUAAUGAAGAACUUACGAAAUGGGAUGCAAAUAUGUAUGGAAAUAUGGACGAUUUUCCAUUUCAGAGUGUGUUAGACUUUCUGCCCGGUGUAAUGCUAAAGAAAAAAGAAGAGAUAUUAAACAAAGAAUUGGUUAAGUUUACAAUGAGUUUUGCCAAACAGACAUUUGUUAAACAAAUCCUCACUGAAGGCGAAAAAUAUGUCAUGUCAUUAACUCCGGGUCUUAGCUUUAGUGAACAGGCCACUUACGACAUUGUCAACAAUUUGGGUAGUUUAGCAGCCAGAUUUAUAUUUCGACCAAUUGAAGACAGCAGUUAUUUUUAUUUUACACAGACAAUAGCAAGGGAUGUCCAACUAAAGGACCAGGACAAGAAAAAAAUUUCUGAAGCUGCUCGACUGUUGGAAAACCUUUUGUUGGCCAUAACAUCUAUUGGCUUAUUGGCUACCAUGUUUGGACAAAAUUAUUCACACUCCGUGUUAUAUUUGUAUGGUGGACCCAAUUUUGUUGCUGAUAAUUUGCCUGAAAAAUUGUUACGUUGCCAUUGUAUAGCCAUUUACUUCCUAGCCAUAAAUGGUAUUACCGAGGGUUAUAUGUUUGCCACGAAUACUAGCAAGCAAAUUGACAAAUAUAACUAUAUAAUGGGUAUUUUUUCCAUCAUAUUUAUUGUGAUGUCUUUUGUGUUGACAAGAAUCUUUGGUCCAGUUGGGUUUAUAAUUGCCAAUUGUGUAAAUAUGCUAUGCCGAAUAUGUAGCAGUUGUAAAUAUAUUUGGCAACAAUACCGGCCAUUGGAUUAUAGACCCUUAAAAGGAUUAAUACCGGGGAAAAUAUUUUCCAUUGGUCUUAUAAUAACUUAUAUUGUUUGUUAUUAUACCAAGAAUAAUACAUCAUUUAAAUUGCAUUUGGGGACAGGUGUUAUUAGUGCAAUAUUUGUUCUAUUGUUGUGGAUUUUUGAAAACCAAAAUUUGGCCAAACAAGUUUGGUUGUACAAAAGAAAAGUAAAAACAAAAUAAAAAUUUACAUUUUUUAUAACGAAAUUAAA